AAGACUGCUAGUUCCUCUGCUGAGCCUGGCAUUGCUUUUACUUGCACUUCUAAAACUGCAUAUAUUUAACACCAACCCAAAGACUGUUAAAGUGUCAGUAGAUCCCAUCUUUCGAGAGGGCAACAAUUAACAAGUUCCAGUCAACUGGAGAUCUUAAGAAUCGGCCUGGAAGAGGACGUGUGUCUAUAUUCUCUCCAAGCACAGUGAGGAGGAUUGUUCGAGUGGCCGAAACUCUCCAAGGAUCACAGCUGGAGACUGCAAAAAUUAGUUGGGCCUUGGGGUCAGAAAGUCUCCAAAACUACAAUCAGAUGUCACCUACAUCACAAGUUGUUUGGGAGGGUUUCAAGAAAAAAAGCCUCUGCUCUCAACCAACAACAAACUCAAGCAUCUUCCGUUUGCCAGACACUACUGGAACUUCAAAUGGGACCGGAUUCUAUGGUCAGAUGAAACAAAAAAAGAGCUUUUUGGCAGCAAACACCAGAGAUGGGUUUUGCGCACACAGAGAUAAGAAGUACCCAAAGCCCACGGUUAAAUAUGGUGGUGAAUUUUUAACGAUGUGGGGCUGUUUUUCUGCCAGAGGUCCUGGGCAUCUUGUUCCGAUACAUGGCAUCAUGGACUCAAAUACAAACAGAUAAAAAACAAAACCUGACUGCCUCAGUCAGAAAGCUUAAAAUGGGCCCUGGCUGGAUCUUCAAGCAGGACAAUGAUCCAAAACAAACAUCAAAAUCAACACAAAAAUGGUUCACUGACCACAAAAUCAAGGUUCUGCCAUGGCCAUCCCAGUCCCCUGACAUGAAUGCCAUAGAAAACCUGUGGGGUGAACUGAAGAGGAGAGUCCACCAGUGUGGACUUCUGAAUUUGAAAGAUCUAGAGAGAUUCUGUAUGGAGGAAUAGUCUCAGAUCCCUUGCCAUGUGUCCUCUAACCUCAUUAUGCAUUAUAGGAGAAGACUCAGAGCUGUUAUCUUGGCAAAGGGAGGUUGCACAAAGUAUUUAAUAAAAGGGUGCCAAUAAUUGUGCCACACAAAUAUUUAACAAAAAUAUAAAUUUUUUGAUAAAACUUGUGUUGUGUUUGCAAUUGUUUGAUAUACAUUAGAGGAUAGAUUUUUGUGAAUAUUUUGAAUGAAAGAUCAAAAGGAUAAACAAUAAAGACAUACUUUUCACAGCCUUCUUUGCUCAUAUUUACCAAGGGUGCCAAUAUUUUUGGCCACCACUAUAGGUGUAAACAGGGUCUUAGUCCGACUUUGCAAUAAUCGGACUGGUAUGAUUUAUUGGUGAAUUAUCAUUAUAGUCUGUCCUAAAAACAAAAACACCAUAACAGUUGUGUAGAAUUGAGAAUGACAUUUGAGAACUGCAGCAGAGGGUAAGAUAUACAUGCAAGUCUGUUCCUCAAAGCGAUCGUAUGGCUUCAGAAGACUUGGAAUAUAGCACACCAGUCUGGAUAUUGUUGUCCUUUUUGGAAUUUGACAAAAAUCAACAGCCUGCAGUAGGUUGGGCGAUAUGACGUUAUAUAUUGUGGUGACAAAAUAAAGUGUCAAUCUAUAGAGAUACUGCUAUAUCUUUUCUAUCGCAAUAUGCAAAUAUUCAUCUGCACAGAGUGGGUUUAUCUAUCAGUGGGCAGGGCUUUUCGUGAGACUGAGAGAAUUGAAGAAACAUGGACAGGGUUUGUUUUUGUAAUUUUUCUGAGGCUGCCCAUGCAAAUUCAGUGACAUUCAUCUUGCGUUUGUCGAUUCAAAAGCGUUAAGUAUUCUUCUCAUCUGACACACACAUUUGUGAUUCACAUGAAUGUGUCACACGUUAUCUCUGGAGCACGUAGUGGGCACGAGUCCAGCAGACUUCCUGAUAUUUGUGCUCCACAGACAGGAGGGUGCAGAGAGGCAUCACUCAUGCUACUCAAUUAUAUUUGACCUAGGAAAUCCCAAAUGGAUAAAGAUAUCUCCAUGAAGUGGAGCUCGUUAUUAAAACAGAUGCAACAACUGUGGUGUGGGUUUCACAAAAGCCGGCCCAGAGCAGAAAUAUAUAAUAUGUAAUCUGUUGCACGAUAAUAAUCACUCAUUAUACAAGCAGUCUGUUUUACCACCUUAAAAUGAAGCAUGCAAAAGAAUAUUAUGAAAACCAAAAGAUGAACCUCUACAUUCAUUUGGUUAUUUAUUUUUUAUUAAAAUUACUCAUCGUGAUAUAAGACUUUGGUAAUAUCGUCCAUCCCUAGCCUACAGGUUUGGAACAACAUGAAGCGUGUUCAUUCGUAUGUCCGAGAGGUGCUGGCCAAAGGAUGCAGACCUUCUUUUGCCCGACAGAAAAUGGAAGCUGAGCUUUUGAGCUCCACACCAGUGACGGAGCCCUUUUUGGACAAGAAAACUCUGUUAAAUGAACAAAUAUUCAAAUAUCCUCCACCGUUUGGUUUCCUGCAUAUGCAGAACAAGCUUCAAGAAGUCUUGAGCCUCUUACCUGCUUCAUCAGAGGAGAGAUUUGGAGGGCGAGACUGUCGUCGAUGUGUAGUGAUCGGAAAUGGAGGGAUACUCAAAGGAUUGGGACUUGGGCCUCUUUUGAAUCAGUUCGAUGUCAUCAUAAGGUUGAACAGCGGUCCUGUGCAAGAUUACAGUGCAGAUGUUGGGAAUCGCACCUCAAUCAGAAUGAGUUACCCUGAAGGCUGCCCAAAGGUUUGGGAAGAUGUCGAUCCAGAUCUCAAAUUUGUGGCUGUGAUCUACAAGUCUGUUGACUUCCACUGGCUUCAAGCAAUGAUCACCAAAACAACAGUUUCGCUGUGGGACUGGCUGUUUUUCUGGCAGCAGGUGCCAGUGAACAUUCCAAUUGAGCUCUCACAGUUUCGUCUUCUGAAUCCUGAGGUCAUCAUGGAAACAGCCCUUGAUCUGCUCCAUUACCCCACACCCAGACAACGCCUGUGGGGAUGGGACCAGAAUGUCCCUACUUUAGGCGUAUCGGCUCUCAACCUGGCCACAUACAUAUGUGAUGAGGUCAGUUUAGCAGGCUUUGGCUAUAACCUCACCCAGAAAGAGGCUCCUCUUCAUUACUUCGAUGACCUACCCAUGACCGCCAUGUUAAAGGAAGCCAUGCAUGAUGUUCAGACUGAGAAAGUUCUCCUCAAACAUCUCACAGCUUCAGGCACCAUUACUGACCUCACAGGUGGCAUACACUGCAACUUCUGUUCAAGAUAAAUGCAUCCGGCACUGACAGACAGUUUUUAUGGACCUAGGUCUGACUGUAGUGCGUGGGAAAGGUGUAUUCACAUCUUAAAGUCCCCCUGAAGUGCCUUGAAAAGCACAGCUUACUUACACUGUUGACGUAUUUCCUACUGAAACAUGAAGUUGGGGCGGUACUUGUUUAACGGCUCGUGCCAAUUUUUUAAAUAUCCAAUAAGCGCAGUCAUACAGACACACACACACACAUUCCUCUGUCCAACGUGCUGUAGCGAUCUCAACCUAGUUUGGAUGCUUUUCCACUGACUUGAGAUCCAAACAGUGAUCAAACUGACCCUGUUACAAACAAAAACAGCACAUUGCAGACUUCACUAAUGACGAGGCAGGAGCUGUUGUGCAAGUCAAGAAGAUGAAUCGGAAACAAGCGAAUAAAAAAUUACAACAUAUGAAUCGUGCUACACGUAAUAGAAAGAGCAAAGAAAACUUACUCGUGAUGUACGCUACCGGUCAAAAGUUUUGAAAUACUUUCUUAUUGUUUAUUAUAAUUUGUUUUGUUUUUUCACAUUUUAGAUUAAUAGUAAAGUCAUAAACUAUGGAAUAACAUAAAUGGAACUAUGGGAAUUAUGUUGUGAUCCAAAAAAUCCAAAAUAAAUCAAAACUGUGUCAUAUUUUAGCAUCUUCAAAGUAGUCACCCUUUGCCUAGAAUUUGCAGACAUGUACUCUUGACAUUUUCUCAACCAACUUCUUGAGGUUUCACCCUGAGAUGCUUUUUAAACAGUAUUGAAGGAGUUCCCAUCUAUGUUGGGCACUUAUUGGCUGCUUUUCUUAAUUAUUUGGUCCAAGUCAUCAAUUUCAAAAACAUUUUGUUUUUAAUUACAUUUUACUUUUAUAAUGAAAUAAAUUAAUAUGUUGGCACAAUUAUAUUUUUGUCUACAAAACUAAUUUCAAACAUUUAAGCAUACGCCUUCAGAUCAAAAGAUUUUUAAGAUCAUGAGAAACAUUUCAGUCAAGUGUUUCAAAACUUUUGACAUUCCAAGUGUACAUUCCAAGAAACCUCUGAAAAACGGCUGCAUUAAAUAUCCACCUUUUUCCUACGUCCCGUGAUGUUUAGCACGAAAUAUGGGCGUUACUUCCAUUGUCAUGUUAACAGCUGUUGUUGUGGCGUACGCAGGGUUGGGGAGUAACAAAAUACAUUUAACAGGAUUACGUAUUUAAAAUACAAAAUAUAAGUAACUGUAUUCCACUACAGUUACAAUUGAAAUCAUUGGUAAUUAGAAUACAGUUACAUUCAAAAAGUAUUUUGAUUACUGAAGAGAUUACUUUGCAUUUUAUUGUCAUUUGUUUCAUUUAAUAUUUAGUCCUUUCAGAUGGAAAACAUUUAUACAUAUAAAUGAUGUGAUCCAAAGUGCAUUUGAACAGCGGUGAAACACUUUCUUAUGAUGUGUUACAUUCAUACGAGCAGACAGAGAAGUGAGUUUGAAGUAAGUUUUGAGCAGAAGAAAUAGAAAUAAACCUUGUGUAAAUUGUCAGCUUUACGCUAAGAUAAAAUGCUAUUUAUAGUCAUUUUACAUGCACAUGUUACCAGACACGAUCAUAUGUUUUUAUCAAGAAAAUUCACGUUAGAUCAUAAUUUCUUUUUUUUCUAGUAAGACCUUUGAUAUUAGGGCAAAAAUCAUAUUCUUGAUAAUAAUUUUUUUUUUAUUGUUUUCCUGUAAAAAUAUCUAAAAAUCCUUAAAACAAGAUCAGUUUGAUUUAUCUUGUUUUAGAAACAACACUGCAUAAGAUAUUUAGGUUUUUCAGAGAAUGUAUUUUUAACAUGUGUAUUUUGUCUUACUGUACUGGCAGAAUUUUUAUAGUCAAAACAAGUGAAAAAAAUCUACCAGUGCUGAAGAAGUAAUCCAAAGUAUUUAGAAUAUGUUACUGACCUUGAGUAAUCUAACGGAAUACAUUAUAAAUGACAUUUUACAGCAUGUAUUCUGUAAUCUGUAGUGGAAUACAUUUCAAAAGUAACCCUCCCAACCCUGGGUGAACGUCCAUUCAUUCUUUCAUUAUGGUGUUAGGAUUUUGAGGAGUGUGUGUAUGAUUUUGUGAGGACAUACAUCAAUCACUAUAUCAGUGUGUUACUGAACGAUAAUAAACUGAAGAAAAGCCAUAAAGACAAAGAAAGCACGAACAAAACCAGCGUGCUGUUUCUCCCAGAUGCAGUUGAGAUUUAAUCUAAGCACAAACGCAACAUUUCAAGCAAAGUUAUCAGUUGUUUCAGUGGAGUACCUUUGUUAGUUGUCACCCUGCAUGCUGGUAUCAGACAGACACACUGAGCUGUGAAGUUCUCAUGCUUGGGUAUGUAAUCGCUUUUUCAAGUUUUCCAAUCGGAUGGUUUUUUCCUUUUAAAUCCACACAUAAGUUUAUACAUUUGUUCGGCGGCUGAUUGACUGGUGAGAGGUGGUGCUUCGCUGCUAUAAGGACAGCGUUUUAAACCUCAAAUGCAAUGUGGUUUUUGACUACCUCUAUAUGUGUUUUUGUGAUCCAAUCGCAAAUGGUCAGUGCUUAAUAAAGUUGUAAACGGGGUGUAAAAUGUUUUGUGAUUGGAUCACAAAAAACACAUACAUAGGUAGUCAAAAACCAUAUCACAUUUGAGGUUUAAAACGCUGGAUCAUCCGAAAUGUGUCUUACUGCCAGCUGUAAACAGAGUAAAAAAUUACUGCAGCCAGAGCUGAGGAAUGCUAUAGAACGACUUCUGGCGGAAGUCUCACCCACAUUUGUUUCUCCAGUAAGACCCCCAGGAAAAAGGUGGAUAAACUCCAGACACUUUCAUUACUUCUAACUCCUGCGAGCUUGCUCCAGUCAGAAGUGAUAGUCCCUAUGCCCUAUUCUAUUCAAAGAAAAUUACCCCCCACUCUGAGGGCUUCAGGGGGCUAAAAAAUGUAUAAUAGUCAAUCACAACUCAAUUCUACAGUUAUUUUUAUUGGAAAUUCUUUUUGGAAUGAGCCUACAACAUGGAUUGUGUUCUCUUUGAAGUGCCCUUUGAAGGAACCAUCAGUGCGGGUGAAAACAGCCAUGUGCGAUGAGCAGAUUAAUGGAGCAGGUGCCUUCUCAUUCUAGAACGCAUUUGAUUGGACAGAGUUUCUCUAGUACAGUUUGACGUCAUGAUUUGACUGUCUUUCAAGCCGGAAGAGUGAGACUGCAGAAUUUAAAUGCUUUUAUCUUCUGAAAAUUGCUUUUGUCAACCUUUGAAAGUACACUGGAAUAUAGAUGACCCUAAAGCUAAUCGAUAUGGACUAAAAGCAGCAAAAUUUUCAUUUUGAUUUCACAGAGUCUCGAAAACAUACUACUAAUAAGUAUUUUAUUUAAUUUCAUUAACCAUAGCGCUGUUUUAAGUUAAAUAAAAAUGAAUAUUUAAAAUGAUACUAAAGAUGUACAUUUAGGUAAUGUUAAACUUUUAUUUUUUAUCUUAAUGUCUUUUGUUUUAACAAGAUGUUUUGUCAAAAUAAAAAAAAAUCAUGUCCAUUUAUCGAGACUGACAAUAAUUUGAUUAAUUGAGAUUCUGAACUGAUUGACAAUUUUACUCAAGUUUCACACAUGGGUUUGCAUCAUUUAUAAUUAACAAAACACUUUUUCCAGUCCUGUAAAGUAUUUUUGUAUUUAUUCUGUUUAUGUAUACGUUUAUGUAAUUUGUAAUAAAUAUCAGAAUGACUGAAUAUUGUCAUGGAAAUUCCUAAAACUGACCCAAGAGGAACUCCCAUUAUACUUGUUUACUUCAUUUUGAUUGGUUCUAAGCCUAUUGCAAAAGUAAAAAUAGCUGUCUAAGCAGAUAGUCAAUGUACUAAAAUAGUCACAAAUUCUAUCGUGGCUGCUUUCUGUUCCCCAUUUUUUUUUAAAUAAUGUUGAAAACAUUCUUGCUUCACUGAGUAAGACACAUUAUUUUUAUAACAUAUCCUGCUCUCUCAUGCUGUCUUCACAUGCUUAAACCCCCCAAAAUGUAUCACAGUAUUCCCUGUCUGAUUUAUGCCUGGGUGUUUCUUCAACUGUGGGCACUUUUAACACUGUGGACUUCUAGAAAGUAAAUUCUUGUUAAAACAUUUUUCAUACUCACCAAUAAAAAAAAUAAAUAAAUAAAAAGUAUUAUUCUGACAAUGUCCAAAAGUGUAUGAACAUGCAUCAUAGGAGAUUUCUGUCAGUUUUUUCUGAAAGUGAUACAAAUUCACACCACAUUGUCAUUUCCAACACGUAUCAAAUUCUGUAAUGUGUUUAACCUCAUGCGACCCCGCAUCCACAUGUAUGUUGUAUCGCAUAAUUUAAGUGAAUAAAAAACAACUGAAUACUG